AUGGAUGGGUUUGAAGAUUUGGAUGGAACUGGUGGGGGAAUGGAUGAUUUUGAGGAUGAUUGGGAAGAGUUACCAAUGCGAGAAGGCGUAAAUCCUGUGCUAGCACUUGACCAACUGCUUAUGGAAAGAGAAGGUAAUGAUAUGGUAAUCUUGAUGUGA